GGCGGGCCGGGCCCGAGCGGGGCCGGGGCCGAGCGGGGCCGCCAGAGGCGGGCGGGGGCUCGGGCUGGGCCGGAGCUGAGCAGAGCAGCGGGGACCGGGACCUGUUUCCCCGCAGCAGCGGGGCUCGGGUCCCGCAGCCCCGCGCUGCCGCUCUCCUUCUCCAGCGGGACGGGAGAUGCUGCUUGCCCGCAGCCGCCUGGGGCUGCUGCUCCUCGGGGCGCUCCUCACUUUCCUCCUGUACCUCUUGCUCCCGGCCGCCCGGCGCUCACGGCCUGACGAGGGAAAGCGGGGUUGGCGGGCGGCCAACGGCACCGUGCGGACGGGGAUGGCUGCGGGAGAGCCCCCCGUGUUCUACAGGGAGGUUCCCGCAGCAGCUGUCGGCCCCGGGAGGCCUGAUGUCCUGUUCCUGCACGGCCAGGUGUUCACCUCCAAGACGUGGGAGGCCUUGGGCACGCUGGCGCUGCUUGCUGGAGAAGGCUACCGUGUGGUUGCAAUAGAUCUGCCCGGCUACGGGGAUUCACCCCCAGUGGAGAUGGCGCUGACAGCACAGGGCCGGAGGGCUUUCCUGGACCACGUCCUCCAGCAGCUGGGCAUGCAGAGGCCUGUUCUCAUCAGCCCCUCCAUGAGCGGCCGCUUUGCCCUGCCCUUCCUCAUGGCGCACGGGGACCGGCUGGCCGGCUUUGUGCCCAUCGCACCUGUGGGCACCAAGGACUACACUGCUGAGCAGUACCGGGGAGUCCAGACACCCACCUUGAUCCUGUAUGGUGACCGUGACACUGGCCUGGCUCCCCAGGCCCUGCAGAACCUCCAGCACCUCCCUAAGCACCGUGUGGCCGUGCUGUCCGGUGCUGGCCAUGCCUGCUACCUGGACAAGCCAGAGGACUUCCACCGGGCCCUGCUGGGCUUCCUGCGCCAGCUGAAGUGAGCACUCCUCCCUGCCAAGCAGAAGGGCUGGGGCGUCCGAGGGACUAGAGACGCAGACGGCUGGCAUGAGGGAUGCUGCUCCCUCCUGGGGUAUCCCCAGGAUGGUGGGGGGUGGGACUGGAGGUGUCCCUUGCUGGCAGGACAGGGUGUCGUCUGUCACGAGGCCAAUAAACCGAUGCUGCUCUGG